UGUUCUCCUGCACAUCGGCUCGCGCACCAUGGCAUGUAACUUUCCCGCUCCUAUGGCACUCAGUGGUCAUUGCCUGGUGUGUUUAAUUAUUCCGUGACACCUAUGGAAUAUGAGAGUCUAUAGCAACCCAGGGAGCUGUUCACACCCGAAAACCGAGCGCCCGACCCCUAAAAGGGCCACAGCGACUGGUGUGGAGGACUCUCCUUUAGCACCCUCUAUGCAGAUGAACAGCGAUGGCCACAGAAUCCCACCCACCUGAACAGUACGAACACACAGUGGAACACGAUUCAGUCGAUGACGUGGUAAACAUGGAGCAUGUACUGAACUCACUGGAGAGGGUCAUUCUCACCAUCUUCCUCUCCAUCAUCAUCAUCAUGACUGUUCUGGGAAACCUGCUGGUGAUGGUGGCGCUCUGCAAGGACAGACAUCUUCGGAAAAAGAAGACCAACUACUUUAUAGUGUCGUUGGCGUUUGCAGACCUCCUGGUUGCUGUGGUUGUCAUGCCAUUUGCAGCCAUUGAGCUGACUACAGGUCAGUGGAGGUAUGGGGAGAUCUUCUGUCUGGUCAGGACCUCGUUGGAUGUGUUUCUGACCACUGCAUCUAUCCUACACCUGUGCUGCAUAGCACUAGACAGGUACUAUGCGAUCUGCUGCCAGCCGCUGGUGUACAGGACUAAGAUGACUCCCGUCAGAGUGGCCCUAAUGCUGGGGGGAUGCUGGGUCAUCGCCUCCUUCAUCUCCUUCCUUCCCAUCAUGCAAAGCUGGCAUGCCAUCGGCAUAGAGGACAUUAUUGAGGAGAGGAAGUUCAGCAGCAGCAGCAGCAACAAGACCAACUGUGUAUUUGUGGUGAACCGUCCGCAUGCUCUCAUCUGCUCCGCCGUGGCCUUCUACGUUCCCCUGGGCCUCAUGGUGCUGGCCUACCAGCGCAUCUACAUCACCGCCAUGGGCCACGCGCGGCAGAUCGGCACGCUGCAGCGGGCAGGCUCCGCCCACUACUCGGCGCCCCCCCAUCACUACCUCAGCUCCGAGCAGCAGGGCUCCAGUCGCAUGCGCAUAGAGACCAAAGCUGCCAAGACCCUGGCUGUCAUCAUGGGCUGCUUCUGUCUCUGCUGGGCCCCAUUCUUCAUUACCAACGUGGUGGACCCCUUCAUCCACUACAGUGUGCCCUGGCAGAUGUGGACCGCCUGGCUGUGGCUUGGCUAUAUUAACUCUGGCCUUAACCCCUUUCUCUACGCCUUCCUGAACAGGGCCUUCAGACGGGCCUUCCUCAUGGUACUGUGUUGUGGUGGUGAGAGAUACGUACGCCAGGGGAGCUACGGCCCCACCAGACGCUACUCUGGAUCUGUCAAUGGGACCUCCGUCGCACUCAGAUCACGGUUGUCGUGGCCUGUUCCCAAGGAAGCCGUAUAUCCUCCACCUCGGGCUCAUCAGAGUCGUGAAAGAAGAAUAAGGAUUCUGCUAGUCUGUGAUUAUCCUUCCUUCCCAACCGAAGCCACAGUGAACAGCAGAAAGAUUUUAUCCAAUGAGGUAGGAUCUCAAGACUCCAUGGGUGGACCAUAGCCCAGAGAAAUAAUGGUGUUAACCUGCUUGUCUCACACAAGCCGAACAAGUGAAAUACAGUAGGUAUUAAUGGGGACGUAUGGUCACGACAUUGAGAUUCUGAGCUGAAGUACUUGAGAGGACUGCAGUCUGAUUAUCGAAUUAGCAGAUCAAGGUUUAUGGAAUUUGAUGCAAAAAAAGCACUGUCCAGUCGAGCCCCCCCCCCCCCCCCCCAAGUGAAGACUCAGACAAUGAAGAUACAGGAAGAGAUCAAAAGCUAAUGUGCCUGUGGAAUGACUCAGCAUUGUGCCAAGAUUGUUUGUGAUUGAUGUUCUAAGAGUCCCUAUGAAGUUAAAAGCUAUUGUACAUGUAAUCAGUUGGCCAAGCAGUUUUGUGGACUGGGGUCUCUCCCAUUCCUGCUAGUGACCUGUGUUUUAAGGACAACUACGUUUAAAUAUGUCAAUCAACUUAUCAUUACAUUAUCUUUUGACAAAUAUUUCAUGUGUAUAUAUAUAUAUGUUUUGCAUAGUUGGGAUGUACCAAAUGUAACUAUCAUGUAAUUUGGCAACUAAAAAUGUGCUUCUGAA